UGAGUUGUUUGGCAGUAACAGUGAGUUGUUUGGCAGUAACAGUGAGUUGUUUGGCAGUAACAGUGAGUUGUUUGGCAGCAACAGUGAGUUGUUUGGCAGCAACAGUGAGUUGUUUGGUGGCAACAGUGAGUUGUUUGGCAGUAACAGUGAGUUGUUUGGUGGCAACAGUGAGUUGUUUGGCAGUAACAGUGAGUUGUUUGGGGACAACAGUGAGUUGUUUGGCAGUAACAGUGAGUUGUUUGGGGACAACAGUGAGUUGUUUGGCAGUAACAGUGAGUUGUUUGGGGGCAACAGUGAGUUGUUUGGCAGCAACAGUGAGUUGUUUGGGGGCAACAGUGAGUUGUUUGGUGGCAACAGUGAGUUGUUUGGCAGUAACAGUGAGUUGUUUGGUGGCAACAGUGAGUUGUUUGGCAGCAACAGUGAGUUGUUUGGGGGCAACAGUGAGUUGUUUGGCGGCAACAGUGAGUUGUUUGGUGGCAACAGUGAGUUGUUUGGCAAUAACAGUGAGUUGUUUGGCAGCAACAGUGAGUUGUUUGGGGGCAACAGUGAGUUGUUUGGCAGUAACAGUGAGUUGUUUGGCAGUAACAGUGAGUUGUUUGGCAGUAACAGUGAGUUGUUUGGGGACAACAGUGAGUUGUUUGGCGGCAACAGUGAGUUGUUUGGCAGUAACAGUGAGUUGUUUGGGGGCAACAGUGAGUUGUUUGGGGGCAACAGUGAGUUGUUUGGUGGCAACAGUGAGUUGUUUGGCAGCAACAGUGAGUUGUUUGGGGGCAACAGUGAGUUGUUUGGCGGCAACAGUGAGUUGUUUGGUGGCAACAGUGAGUUGUUUGGUGGCAACAGUGAGUUGUUUGGGGGCAACAGUGAGUUGUUUGGCAAUAACAGUGAGUUGUUUGGCAGCAACAGUGAGUUGUUUGGGGGCAACAGUGAGUUGUUUGGCAGUAACAGUGAGUUGUUUGGGGGCAACAGUGAGUUGUUUGGCAGUAACAGUGAGUUGUUUGGCAGUAACAGUGAGUUGUUUGGGGACAACAGUGAGUUGUUUGGCAGUAACAGUGAGUUGUUUGGUGGCAACAGUGAGUUGUUUGGCAGUAACAGUGAGUUGUUUGGUGGCAACAGUGAGUUGUUUGGCAGUAACAGUGAGUUGUUUGGUGGCAACAGUGAGUUGUUUGGCAGUAACAGUGAGUUGUUUGGUGGCAACAGUGAGUUGUUUGGUGGCAACAGUGAGUUGUUUGGCAGUAACAGUGAGUUGUUUGGGGACAACAGUGAGUUGUUUGGUGGCAACAGUGAGUUGUUUGGUGGCAACAGUGAGUUGUUUGGUGGCAACAGUGAGUUGUUUGGUGGCAACAGUGAGUUGUUUGGUGGCAACAGUGAGUUGUUUGGUGGCAACAGUGAGUUGUUUGGCAGUAACAGUGAGUUGUUUGGCAGUAACAGUGAGUUGUUUGGCAGUAACAGUGAGUUGUUUGGUGGCAACAGUGAGUUGUUUGGUGGCAACAGUGAGUUGUUUGGCAGUAACAGUGAGUUGUUUGGUGGCAACAGUGAGUUGUUUGGCAGUAACAGUGAGUUGUUUGGGGACAACAGUGAGUUGUUUGGCAGCAACAGUGAGUUGUUUGGUGGCAACAGUGAGUUGUUUGGUGGCAACAGUGAGUUGUUUGGUGGCAACAGUGAGUUGUUUGGUGGCAACAGUGAGUUGUUUGGUGGCAACAGUGAGUUGUUUGGUGGCAACAGUGAGUUGUUUGGUGGCAACAGUUUAAAGAAGUUGCCAUGGAAACCCCAGCUUGAAGUUAGAGACAGUCGAACGUAG